UGCACUGGGCAAGUGAGUACAGUUCAGUGCAGUUUAUUGACGAGUCUUUGCAAGUGAUAUGAAGAGCUUUUUUUAACCAUGAUAACAUCACGAGGAUUGAAUUUGCUAAGAACUGCCUACAUAAAUAGUCAAACAAAGGUUCCCGCACAGAAUUUGGGUUUCGUUAGAUUAGGUCAUCAUGCAGUAAGUUAUCGUAAACUUCCUCCAGAAGAUAAGAAGUGGGCAUGGGCUGCAGAAUUUCUUGGAGGUGUUAUGUGGUGGUGGGUGUUAUGGCACUUCUGGCACGAUUGGGGUCACCUUGUCGGAGAGUUUCCAUACCCGGAUGUAACUAAAUGGACAGAUGAGGAAUUAGGUAUACCACCAGAUGACGCCGAUGAUUGAUAAUACGUCAAAGAUUAUUCUGCAGUAGUGUUACGGAAAGGUAAAAUGUAUCAGUAUGUCAUACAUAUUUAAAAAAUAAAAGUUUACAAAAUUUUGUUUCAAAUGGAACAGAAAUAUAAUAU